UUGGUUUGAAUUGGAAAGGCAGGUGAAUAUGAAUGUUUCGCCUCCUUUUCAAUUCAGCGGUCUCCGGCAUAUCCGUAGGUACAAGAUUAUGACUUCUAUGAAUAUACGGGGUGUACUGAAAUCCUGAAGCUCGCUCGAAGGGUGGAAUACGACAUUAUAGACUUCACUCUAUGUGUUCAGUUGUUCAGUGUUAAUUUUUCUUGUUUUGGCGUUUUGGCGGGAAUUCGAAAACAUCAAAUUCUUAACCUUAAUUGUAUUGCGUCAAUAUUUAUAUCUAUUUAAGUGACUAGUUUAAAAAAAAAUGGGUGAUUAUCUAGAUCCUGAAGAAGAAUUUGAAUUAUUGUACGGAGAUGAGUUCGAUUUAAUGAAAGAACAUGAUGAAGAACUCUAUCAGCCACCACCUAAAAGCAGAAAAAGUUUAGAUUUUAGCACACCUUCAACAUCUCAAGUCAAUGAGAAUCCUCCUAGUGAAAGUUCUAAUGAUAUUCAACCUUUAAGUUCCGUUAACGAUUUAUUUUUUGAUACUCAAACAGAGGGAUCAAUUUUUCCAUCACAACAGUCAAAUAGUAAAAAACGAACUGUAGAUGAGUUGUUUGGUGAUAUUGAUGAUAUUGAAGAUGACAUAAUAUUUGACGAUCAUCCUAACGUAAAGAAACAAAAAUCUGAUGCACAUUCAGAAGAUCUUGCAUUAAUAGACCAUAUAUUAGAGCUAAGAAAAUUAUCAAAAGAAAAACACUGUAUAACCACUAAAAAAGAUUAUUCUGCUUCUAGUAUAGAGAGAGACAAACGUAAUUUAUCAUACAGUGUACCCAAAUAUCCAUUUAUUACUAUUACUAGACAGGAUAAAGAGAGGAUUUAUGUAAGAUUUCACUCUGAAGACUUUGAAAAAGAAGAUACGGACAGAAUUGUGAAAGAAAUUUCUUUUCAUGGAGUUAUGGGGGAUGGUUUUAAAGAAAUAUGGAAUGAGGCUUGCAACUUGAUAAAUGUGCAGAUGGAUUCGUCAAAAACACUAGAAGUAGAUAAUGAGCUAUCAAUUAUCCAACAAAUUGAUGAAAAUAAACAAUUGUGGGCUGACCUAUACAAACCAAGAAAAUACUUAGAACUUUUAAGUGAUGAAAGCACAAAUAGAAUAAUGUUGCGUUGGAUGAAGCUUUGGGAUAAGGCAGUUUUUAAUAGAAAACCGAAAAUUAAGCCAAUGAAACCCAACGAUGGUAACAAGAAACCAUUUUUUAAAAGGCAGGAACUCAAUACAAAGUUGGACGAACAUGGCAGACCUGAACAUAAGGUUGCUUUAUUGUGUGGGCCACCUGGAUUGGGAAAAACAACGUUGGCCCAUAUGGUGGCUAAACAUGCAGGUUACAAUGUUAUUGAAAUAAAUGCAUCAGAUGAUCGCAACACAGAAGCGUUUAAAACCUGUUUGGAGAAUGCCACUCAAAUGCGCUCUGUAAUAGAUCAGAAAAAACGUCCAAAUUGUCUCAUAUUUGACGAAAUUGACGGGGCACCCCCAUCGUCUAUAGACUAUUUGGUUAAAUUUAUAAGUGGCACUGCUUCAUCAAAAGCUAAGAAAGACAAAUCUGAAAAGAAGUUUAUUUUGAAAAGACCCAUUAUAUGCAUUUGUAAUGAUGUUUACGUUCCGUCUUUACGGCCGUUAAGGCAAAUUGCUUUUGUUGUUAGUUUUCCACCUACGUCAAGUGCCAGAUUAGCUGAGAGGCUUAUGGAAAUAGCACGGAAGGAAAACGUUAAAACUGACCUUGGUGCUAUGUUAGCACUGGCUGAAAAGAGCAACAAUGAUAUCAGGUCCUGUUUGACAGUAUUACAUUUUUUCAAAGGUCAGAAUAAACCAGUCACUCUUUCCGAAGUUCACAAAGCGAGUAUAGGUCAGAAAGAUAUGCAAAAAGGCCUUUUUUCUGUUUGGCAGGAGAUAUUUAGAAUUGAAAAAUCGAAACUUCAAUCCAAUUCAGCUAAUUCUACAAGUUUGAAAGAAACUUUAAAAUCUCGCAUGAAAAAAGUUUUACAGACGGUUUCGUCAUUUGGAGAUUAUGAUAGAGUGGCCCAAGGAGUUUUUGAAAAUUAUCCUUUGUUAAAACUGAAAGAUUCUUCGUUUGAAGGCAUUAGUGAAUGUUUGGAAUGGUUUGUCUUUAGUGAUGUACUCAAUAAGCAGAUUUAUGAACAACAAAAUUACAGUUUAACUUCUUAUCUCCAGUAUGCAUGUGUUGUUUGGCAUUUUGUGUUUGGAACAACACAUUCUCAAAAACUGAAUUAUCCCAGUGCGGGUUACGAGGCAAGAGUGAAAGAAACACGCCAUAGGGCUUUGGUUUCUGAAGUCCUGCGAGGAAUGCAACCUUCGGUGCGACCUUAUUGUCAGUGGAUCUCUCUUAUCCUUGACAUCCUUCCUCUUCUCGCCAAGAUAAUCAUGCCACCUUUGAGGCCUGUUAAUCUUCAUCUUUACACCAAACAGGAGAGGGAGAGCAUGCUAAAUGUUGUCCACGUCAUGAUAGAUUAUAAUUUGAACUAUAUCCAGGAAAGAACACUUGAUGGGACAUAUUCGUAUAAUUUAGAACCUAAUAUACUGGACGUUGUUUCUUUCGAUAAUAGUGAACGGUCAAAAAGAAGAACUUUGUCAUAUUCCAACAUGCAGCUUAUAGCUAGAGAAAUUGAAUUGGAAAAGAUGAGGCGGUUUGAGACGUCAAGAGUACCUGAAACAUCCAAGAAAACAACCACUGAGAGCGAUAAGGCAAAGGAGAAAAGGAAAGGAGUUACUGCUCUACCGAACCACCUGCAAACUCUACAAGCUAAAACUAUGAAGACUGUAAAGCCGUCUGUGACCAAAGAUUUUUUUGGAAGAAUAAUUACGAAGACGGCUCCCUCAACCGGGAAAAGCAGCAGUACUCCCAGCAACGAUAUUUGGUAUAAGUACAAAGAAGGUUAUAGUAAUGCUGUUAGAAAGAAAAUACUGAUAUCUAGUCUAAAAUGAAGGUUUGAAGGAAUGAAGGUAACAUUAAUUGUACUAUGUAGUUCUGAAUGUUGUUUUAAAGUGUAUACAAUAAAUUAUUUUCCAGAA